UCUUUGGACCAAUCGUGGCGUAGUGCAGCCCGAUUCAAAACGUGUUCGGCUGGUGGCGGUUACAGUUAACCGUCUGAGUGAGCGGCGGCGGUGGUAAGAGGAGAUAGAGCGACCCUGCGGCCUGGCCGCUCUGCCCACAGCAUGUCCUACAAGAACAUCUACUACUCCGACAAAUACUCGGAUGAGAAGUAUGAGUACAGGCAUGUUAUGCUUCCAAAAGAGCUGGCAAAGCAAGUACCCAAAACACAUCUAAUGUCAGAAGAGGAAUGGAGAAGGCUUGGUGUCCAACAAAGCCUUGGUUGGAUUCACUAUAUGAUACAUGAGCCAGAGCCCCAUAUACUACUUUUUAGAAGACCUCUUCCAAAAGACCAACAGAAAUGAACUACUUUCCACCUUCUGGGACAAUCUGUAUAUAUUGUAGUAUUCAGUGAAUACAAAGACUGACUC